AUGGCCGCAGGUACAACGGCCCAAUAUCGAUACUACAUGUGCGCGGUUGGGCGGGCGGGCUCCUCCGGCGCCGGCGGAAGCAAGCCUGCCGCCUGGUCACCUCAUGCAUCAUCCUCCGCCUUCUUGGUGAUACACCUUGUCCGCGUCCCCAAUCUUGCCUGCAUCCACCCACCGCACCGUGGCAUAUUCGAAACCAUGACGGCCGCGGCAGACAGUCACGCCGACGCAGCAGACGACGCCGCUGCUGAAUUCUGGCUGUACGGAUACGGGUACGUUGUCUUGACCAAGCAUUCGACUCCGUCGACUCCGCCAUGGCUGCGCCGCCUUGCUUCCCCGCUGACUUUCCUUCUUGCCCCCCCUUGUAGAAGCCUCAUCUGGAAACCCCCGCCGCACUUUGACCGACGAAUUCCAGGCUACGUGACCGGCUACGUUCGCCGUUUUUGGCAGCCUCUAUUAACACGCGUCUCUAGCGAGGAUCACCGCGGCACGCCCGAAGCGCCUGGCCGCGUCGUCACGCUCAUCGAGCGCUCGUACUGGGAGGACCUGACCGACCACCACGACGCGGCGCCUGAAAAGGUUUGGGGCGUCGCCUACCGGAUAACGCCCGACAAGGUCGCCGAGGUCAAGGACUACCUCGAUAUUCGCGAAAUCAACGGCUACUCCAUCCACUACACGCCCUUUCAGCCGGCCGACAGCGCCGCUCCGCCGAUCCGCACCCUCGUCUAUAUUGGUACGCCCGACAAUGCCCAGUUUGUCGGCCCCCAGGACCCUCAACAGCUGGCCGAGCACAUCUUCCGGAGUCGCGGCCCCAGCGGCUGGAACAAGGACUAUCUCCUCGGCCUCGAUGUCGCUUUGGAGGAGCUCUCUCCGGAGAGUGGCGAUGAGCACGUCGCUGACCUCGCCCGGCGUGUUCGAGCCUUGGAAAAGGUUGUCGGGUAG